GCCUUCCUCUGCGUGUACACCUGCGCACAGUCCGCGAGCCGGUGAAUCACAUUCGCGCCUCUGUCUCUCUCUUCCCGUCUGUGCCCCGUGAACGCACGCAGAUACGAACGCAUCACAGCCACCAUUUUAAACCGACAGCGCAGAUCACGAAGGAAAUUAUCCCGGAGAAAGGCACGCGCACCGAUGGCUUUCAUCGACAGGAUGCAGAUAUUGUGUUGUGGCUAAUUUUUAACGGCGCUCCGCUGUUCUUUCCUCCGGUUAGGGAACUGUGCGCAGCUGUCUGUCGGGAUUGGUCAGCUUGUGUUUUUCCUCCGUUUUUUCCUGUCUCCUCACCGGAGAGGAACUGCAAAGUGCUGGUGCGUCGCCGAUUCCGCCAGCUUGAAGCCCUCACCAGCCACACCGACAUGGGACGAACGGAAGCUAAACUCUCCAUCACCACGACCUGGACAAUUGGCUAAGUAGGAAGCAGUUAAGUCUACAGUGUGAGGAGAGAAAUAAAGCUAGCCAAAGAGACAGCGCAGAGACAAGUUCAGGAAGUGGACACACACACAUACACAAAGGACAAUCCCUUGCUGACACACACACACACACGCGCGCGCGUGCGGCAUAGCGAUGGCUCUGGAGAACGCCAUCCUCUCCUCUCGCCCCAACACCCUCUGUCUGCCUGUCUCCGAGAAAGGGGAGGGGCCAGUGGAGGAAGUCCCUGACGAGGCCCCGCCCCAAACAGGCGGCAUCUUCAACGUGUCCGAGGAGCUGGGCCACGUCGUCACCACGGAGACCAGCCCGCCCCCAAAGCCAUCCAACAAUGACAUGUCCUUCCAGGACAAGAUGGCCGCCCGGGAGGCCCAGGCCAAUCAACACCGCAAGAAGGUGCAGGGAGCUGGGCAGGAGAAGGGCAGGUUUGGCUGGGGGCGGCGUAGUCGUCGUAAGCGACAGCGCUACGUGGAGAAGAACGGCCGCUGCAACGUGCAGCAUGGGAACACGGGCACGUACCGCUACCUGACGGACAUCUUCACCACGCUGGUGGACCUCAACUGGCGCUGCUCGCUCUUCGUCUUCGUCAUGGCCUACGCCGUCACCUGGCUCUUCUUCGGAGCUAUCUGGUACCUCAUAGCCUACCUCAGAGGGGACUUGGACCAUCUGGAGGAUGAGACCUGGACUCCAUGUGUGAAUAACCUGAACGGCUUCAUCUCGGCGUUCCUGUUCUCCAUCGAGACGGAGACCACCAUUGGCUACGGACACCGCGUCAUCACUGACCAGUGCCCCGUGGGCACCAUGCUGCUGCUGCUGCAAGCCAUCCUGGGCUCCAUGGUCAACGCCUUCAUGGUGGGCUGUAUGUUUGUGAAGAUCUCACAGCCCAACAAGCGCGCGGAGACGCUGGUGUUCUCGCGGAAUGCGGUCAUCUCUCUCCGUGACGACCGGCUGUGUCUGAUGUUCCGAGUCGGAGACCUCCGCAGCUCACACAUCGUGGGGGCCAACAUGAGAGCCAAGCUCAUCAAGUCCAAACAGACGCAGGAGGGUGAGUUCAUUCCUCUUGACCAGACGGACAUCAGUGUGGGUUUUGAGACGGGGGACGAUCGGCUGUUCCUGGUGUCUCCGCUGGUCAUCUCUCAUGAGAUCGACGCCCACUCGCCCUUCUGGGACAUGAGCCAGGCGCAGCUGGAGAAGGACGACUUUGAGAUCGUGGUCAUCCUGGAGGGCAUGGUGGAGGCCACAGGUAUGACGUGUCAGGCUCGGAGCUCCUACCUGGCGGAGGAGGUCCAGUGGGGUCACCGGUUCAGCCCGAUGAUGCUGCUGGCCGAGGGCUUCUUUGACAUUGACUACGGUGCUUUCCACCACUCCUUUGAGGUGGACACUCCUUCCUGCUCCGCCCACGAGCUGGCAUUGGCUACUGCCCGACGGGAGGCACAUCUCUAUUGGUCAAUCUCCAGUCGCCUGGAUGAAGAGAAGUGGGAAAGCCCUCCUCUGGCCGACCAAUUAGAGAAGACGGCAGACACAGAUCUAGCCAAUGGGAAAGAGGAAGAUGGGCCCACGUUCAUCGUGGGUGGAGUCACUGAAGUGCAAGACCAAUCAGGACCCGGGGAACAGAAUGGCAGUGUCACAACCGACCAAUCAGAAUCAGAGGCUUGAAGAGGAGGAAAGGGAAAGAUGAUGAUGAUGAUGAUGAUGAUGAAGAUGAUGAUGAGGAUGGUGGUGGUGGUGGUACAGACAAGGAGAGAGUCAUUCUACCCAUUCUAUUGGUCUGGGUGGUUGUACAGCAUUCCAGUCUUUCUACUAGAAACAAGCUGUGUGUGUGUGUGUGUGUAAAUGCUAACGUGUAGCAUAGCAGGCCUGACACCAUAGGGGGAUAUCUGUGUUACUGACUGUCUCUGGUUAUGUGUGUGUGUGUGUGUGUGUGUGUGUGUGUGUGUGUGUGUGUGUGUGUUUGAGAGAGAGAGAGAGAGAGAGCAUCUCAGCCAGCAUAUGAGUACUUUUCACACAUUUCCCAGACCACACACAG